AUGGCUAAUUCGGGUGUAUUGCCGUUUGUUCGUGGUGUCGAUUUUACUAAAAAUGAUUUUAGUAAUAAUAAAUUUCCCAGUGCCGUACGUUUGAUGACACGCGUACAAUGGCUGAAUUUGGAUAAGACUCAAUUAAAAGAAAUACCCGAAGAAAUGGGUAACCUCUUGAAGCUGGAACAACUCUCAUUGAAGGACAAUGAGCUGGAAAAAUUGUUUGGCGAGUUAACCGAAUUAACCAGUUUGCGUUCGCUUAAUUUGCGUAGAAAUAACAUUAAAAGUAGUGGUGUCCCGCCAGAACUUUUUCAUUUGGAUGAGUUGACUACUCUGGAUUUAUCGCAUAACAAGUUGAAAGAGGUACCGGAAGGUUUAGAAAGAGCUAAAAGUUUGCUAGUUUUGAAUUUAAGUCACAAUCAAAUAGAGACAAUAGCUACUGCCUUAUUCAUUCAUUUAAAUGAUCUAUUGUUUUUGGAUUUGUCGCACAACAAAUUGGAAACUUUGCCGCCACAAACUCGACGUUUAGCGAAUUUACAAACCUUAAUAUUGGCAGAUAAUCCUUUGGAAUUGUUUCAAUUGCGUCAAUUGCCAUCUUUGCAAAAUCUUGAGGUCUUGAAUAUGCGCAACACUCAACGUACUCUUCAUAAUUUUCCGACUACCUUAGAUAGCUUGUCCAACUUGUCUGAAUUGGAUUUAUCGCAGAAUAGUUUACCAAAAGUACCAGACUGCGUUUACAAUUUGCGCAAUUUAAAGCGAUUAAAUCUUAGUGAUAACACUAUCACUGAAUUAAGUGCUAGUGUUGAGUUUUGGCAACAUUUGGAAGUUUUAAACCUCUCGCGUAAUGAAAUAGCUGUUUUACCUGCCGCUAUCUGCAAGUUAUUACAAUUAAGGAUAUUGUAUUUAAAUGAUAACUGCUUAGAUUUUGAUGGCAUACCCUCGGGUAUUGGGAAACUAGGUGCUUUAGAAGUUUUCUCAGCCUCCAACAAUAAGUUGGAAAUGAUACCGGAAAGCUUAUGCCGGUGUGGAUCAUUGAAAAAGUUAAAUCUGAGUUCAAAUCGUUUGAUUACACUGCCGGAUGCAAUACAUUUAUUAGAUAGCUUGGAUCAAUUGGAUUUACGGAAUAAUCCAGAUUUGAUGAUGCCGCCGAAACCUACCGAGGUUUCUAAAGGUGCAGGUGUUGAAUUCUACAAUAUAGAUUUUUCUUUACAAACGCAAUUAAGACUGGCUGGAGCUGCUGUCCCUCCAAGUGUCACCGCUACUUCUACUCCGAAGGAUUCUACAGCACGUAAGAUCCGGUUGCGUCGAGGACCACGCAAUGAUUCCGCACAGGACUCUGCUAAAAUAUUGAAAGGCAUGAAGGAUGUUGCGAAAGAUAAGGACGAGGCCGAAGCGAAUCGUGCGUGGGCAGCAGAGCUAAAUGAUGGUCGUCCGGAAUCAUUAAAACCGAAGCGUUGGGAUGAGUCUUUGGAAAAACCACAAUUAGAUUACUCGAAAUUCUUUGAAAAGGAAGAUGGCCAAAUUUCCGGUUUAACUAUUUGGGAAAUUGAAAACUUUCUACCCAAUAAGAUUGAAGAAGUAGCUCAUGGUAAAUUUUAUGAGGGUGACUGUUAUAUAGUGCUUAAAACUACCUGUGAUGAUUUGGGUCAACUGCAUUGGGAAAUCUAUUUUUGGAUUGGUAACGAAGCCACUUUGGAUAAACGUGCGUGCGCUGCCAUACACGCCGUGAAUUUGCGGAACUUCUUGGGAGCCCGUUGUAGAACGAUCAGAGAAGAACAGAAUGACGAGUCUGAGGAAUUUUUGGCUCUUUUCGAUACGGAAAUUACUUAUAUUGAAGGCGGUCGUACCGCUACCGGUUUUUAUACGGUAGAAGAUAUGCUAUACACUAUACGUUUAUAUCGCGUUCAUGCUGCUGGCGCUUCUGUGCACAUGGAGCCUGUCGCAGCUUGCCAGGAUUCUUUAGAUCCCCGCUUCUCAUUUAUGCUGGAUUGUAGCAUAAAAUUAUUUAUAUGGAUUGGGAGCCGUUCAAAGAAUACCUUGAACUCUAAAACGCGCUUAAUGGCAGAAAAAAUUAAUAAAACUGAACGCAAAAAUAAAUGCGAAAUCAUCAUGGAAAUGCAAGGUGAUGAAAGUUCAGAGUUUUGGGAAAAUUUAGGUGUUGAUCCUGAUGAGGGUUCCAAAUUGUCUAUCAAGGAACAUGUUGAAGAUAAGUUCGUACCAGCUAUACCACGUCUUUAUCAGGUUCAGCUUGGUUUGGGUUAUCUGGAAUUGCCUCAAGUCGAAAUUCCUGAACAAAAAUUGGUUAACACGUUGCUAGUCAGCAAGAAUGUUUACAUUUUGGAUUGUUACACAGACUUGUUCGUAUGGUUUGGUCAAAAAUCGACACGUUUAGUGCGUGCUGCAGCCAUUAAGCUUUCACGUGAACUGUUUACCAUGAUUGACCGGCCCCCGUACGCUAUGGUUACCCGUUUACAAGAGGGCACUGAAACCCAAAUCUUCAAAUGCAAAUUUAUCGGUUGGGAUGAAGUGAUGGCCGUAGAUUUUACACGCACUGCUACUUCCGUAGCAAAGACUGGAGCUGAUUUAAAUAAAUGGGCUAAACAGCAAGAAACGCGGGCAGAUUUGGCUGCUUUGUUUAUGCCUCGUCAACAAUCCAUGCCACUAAGUGAAGCAGAGCAGUUAGAGGAAGAUUGGAAUUACGAUUUAGAGGCUAUGGAAGCUUUCGUUUUGGAAGGCAAAAAAUUUGUCCGUUUACCUGAAGAAGAAUUAGGGCAUUUUUAUACCGGCGAAUGUUAUGUGUUUUUAUGUCGCUACUGCAUUCCUUUGGAUGAUGACGAAGAUGCCGCCGUUGAAGUAAAUGAUAAUAAGCCGCCACCCGAAGAUGAAAUUGAAUGUGUAGUUUAUUUUUGGCAAGGACGCAAUGCGGGUAACAUGGGUUGGCUGACAUUUACGUUUACUUUGCAAAAGAAAUUCAAAGCUAUGUUCGGCGAAGAAUUAGAAGUGGUACGCAUACCGCAACAACAGGAAAACCUAAAAUUUUUAGCUCAUUUCAAACGUAAAUUUAUAAUACACACUGGUAAACGCAAAGAUCGAUCUAAAACGGCAGACGGCAAAGCGGCUGUGGAAUUCUUCCAUUUGCGUUCAAAUGGUGGUGCCUUGUGUGCACGCUUGAUUCAAAUCCAAGCGGAUGCUUCAUUCUUGAAUUCGGCUUUUUGUUACAUACUCUACGUACCUUUCGAGACUGAGGAGGAAUCCCAAUCGGGUAUUGUAUAUGUAUGGUUAGGUUCAAAAGCAUGCCAUGAGGAAGCCAAAUUGAUUCAAGAAAUUGCUGAGGAAAUGUUUAAUAGUCCCUGGGUUAGCUUACAGAUACUUAAUGAAGGUGAAGAGCCUGAGAAUUUUUUCUGGGUUGCUUUAGGUGGCCGAAAACCAUACGAUACCGAUGCCGAUUAUAUGAAUUAUACGCGUUUAUUUAGAUGCUCGAACGAGAAAGGUUACUUUACAGUAGCUGAGAAAUGUACAGACUUCUGUCAAGACGAUUUAGCAGACGAUGAUAUUAUGAUACUUGAUAAUGGUGAACAAGUAUUCCUUUGGCUGGGUUCGCGAUGCAGUGAAGUUGAAAUUAAAUUGGCUUACAAGUCAGCACAAGUCUAUAUCCAACAUAUGCGUAUUAAGCAGCCGGAAAGACCACGCAAGUUAUUUUUAACGCUCAAAAAUAAAGAGUCUAAACGCUUCACAAAAUGUUUUCACGGCUGGAGUGCUCAUAAAACACCUCCAGAGUGAAUUGUUUCACACACAUAACAGCGACAUUUUCAAUAACCAUGACUUUAAUAAAUUAAGAAAAAUAUUUUAACGAUUUCAAAACUGUCUCGUUUAAAGUGCAUCGUGCUUUUUGAUAGACGAAGUAUUCAAAAUUAAAUGUGCUUCAUUUUAAUUAAGGUAACAGUUUUUAAAAUAUUUAUUUAUUAUUAUUUUUAUAUAUCAAUAAUAGCAACGACCUUUUACAUUACAAUGAAAUCAUAAAAAUAUAACUUUAUAUGUGUGCCGUCAAGCAUAAUAGAAAAGCAA